CGCUUUUUCACCCGGGGUGAGGCAGUGACCGUGGCUUUCCUACCUAAAGCAGUCACGUAACGGGCGGUGUUGGAAUACUGUGUUCUUGGAAGUGGUGCUACUUGCUCUGAGAGUUAUCAGUCCUUUCCUUUGUUUGGUGAGGAGAAUCACCCCGUCUCCCCCCAUUUGCUUGUCCGAGUUGGCUACUUUUAGUUUUAUUUGGUUUUUCGAAAUCAAAAACCAAAAACGUUAAUCAAAGUCACAUUUUGAAAUGCACCAGGAGAGGCUAUUUCAUACCUGCUUUAUUGGUUUUCAGUUCACAUUUUGGCAGGGAAUGCAAGUCUUUUAACUUUUCUUGUUCUUAAAUUGCACUACUGGAAGACCUUAUCUCCAGUCUAAUCUUCACUGAUGUCUGGCUUCUUUUAAGUAGAUAUGAAAAGUAUGCUUUCUUGCAUGCAGGCGGUGAAAUGCACAUGCCAGGGUACUGUACAAAACCACUUGAACAAACUGAAGGUUGUAAGGCUGAAGAUAAGCUCUCUUCGCAAAUCAACAGUAUAUACCUAUUAGAGUAAAAAAAAAACAUCAGCAUUCUGGUUUCUCCCCCUAAAACAACAGUGGCAAACUAUACAGACUACAGUUUUUGCUACUUAGUAACUCCAUACAGGCCAGUACUUCAACCUCCAAAUUACAUUACUCUCUCUUAUGCAUUUACAGCCAACAGACCUGGAAGAAAGACUGUCUUGAAGCUAACUCCAGAGCAUUUUGAGAUCAUUCAUCAUGAAGUAUGUAGUACAGGAAUGGCUCAGAGUAACUACCUUGCUAUUCAUAGCUCAAGCAGUUUCUGCAAUGGUUCUUCCCAAUGCCACGCUCUUAGAGGAACUUUUGGAAAAGUACAUGGAUGAAGAUGGUGAGUGGUGGAUCGCCAAGCAGAGAGGGAAAAGGGCUAUCACAGACAGUGAUAUGCAAAGUAUCUUGGAUCUUCAUAAUAAAUUACGGGGUCAGGUGUAUCCACCAGCUUCCAAUAUGGAAUAUAUGACGUGGGACACAGAACUGGAAAGAUCUGCAGAGUCAUGGGCUGAAACCUGUCUAUGGGAGCAUGGGCCUGCGAGCCUUCUUCCAUCAAUUGGACAGAAUUUGGGGGCACACUGGGGAAGGUACAGACCUCCAACAUUUCAUGUCCAAGCAUGGUAUGAUGAAGUGAGAGAUUUCACAUAUCCCCAUCCUCAUGAAUGCAACCCAUAUUGUCCUUACAGAUGCUCUGGUCCUGUUUGUACACAUUACACACAGGUUGUUUGGGCUACAAGUAGCAGAAUCGGUUGUGCAAUUAAUUUAUGUCAUAACAUGAAUAUCUGGGGGCAGAUUUGGCCAAAAGCAGUCUAUCUUGUAUGCAAUUAUUCUCCUAAGGGUAACUGGUGGGGUCAUGCUCCUUAUAAACCUGGCCGCCCUUGUUCCGCAUGUCCUCCUAGUUUUGGAGGAGGCUGCAGAGAAAAUCUUUGUUACAGAGAGGAUUCAGAAAGGCCUUAUUCUCCCCACGAACCAGAAGAGGAAACCAAUGAGAUUGAACGGCAGAGAUCCAAAGCCCAGGAUGCAACAGCGCAAAGCCGGCCAAGAACUCACUCACCCUCAGGCUCCACAGGCGCUGAUGACAGUGAGAAAAAUGAAGUAAUAAGCACACAGCAAAUGUCUCAGAUUGUUUCAUGUGAAGUAAGGCUAAGAGAUCAGUGCAAAGGAACAACUUGCAAUAGGUAUGAAUGUCCUGCUGGCUGUUUGGAUAGCAAAGCCAAAGUUAUUGGAAGUGUACAUUAUGAAAUGCAAUCCAGUAUUUGUAAAGCUGCCAUACAUUAUGGCAUCCUAGACAAUGAAGGUGGUUGGGUUGAUGUCACUAGGCAAGGAAGGAAAAAUUACUUUAUCAAGUCUUAUAGAAAUGGCAUACAGUCAAUUGGAAAAUACCAGUCUGCUAACUCCUUCACUGUCUCUAAAGUAGCAGUUCAAGCUAUCACCUGUGAAACAACAGUGGAACAACUGUGCCCAUUUCAAAAACCAGCCUCACACUGUCCAAGGGUGUAUUGUCCACGCAACUGUAUGCAGGCAAAUCCACACUAUGCUCGUGUAAUUGGAACACGAAUUUAUUCUGAUAUGUCCAGUAUCUGCCGGGCAGCAGUACAUGCUGGUGUAGUCCGCAAUCAGGGUGGUUAUGUUGAUGUUAUGCCAGUAGACAAAAGAAAGGUUUAUGUUGCUUCCUUUCAAAAUGGAAUAUAUUCAGAAAGUUUACAGAAUCCUCCAGGAAGCAAGGCAUUCAGAGUAUUUGCUGUUGUUUGAGCCUAGCAAGGAAAAUCUAAAACAGGCAAGUGAAACCAGAGCACUUGGAAGAGUGUGAUAAAGACCAUUUCUUAUGAUUCCUAAAAUUUGUAUAAAGCUGUAACAUUAUUGUACAGAAGAUGUAUACUGCUUUCCACCAAAAAGUUUAAAUUACAUAUAUAUAUCUUAAUGAAAAAAUCUGUAAAAGUAAACAUGGGAGAAAAAUUAAUUUGAAAAUCUAUAAUGAUAUAUAACAAUACGUUGAAUCCUGUGUUAAAUAUUGCUAUAUUUUCUUAGCAGUUACUCCUAUACAGUUAAUUCAAAGCUCAUAAAUGUUCUUUGUUUUCUUCAUCUGAAUAUAUUAUUGUAUGGUGCUUUAUGUAUGCCACUAACAUUAACCUUAAAACUAUGCCAUAGGGAGGCCUGAGUUUUUAUUUCCAAUGUACAUAAAUGAAGCCAUUCCAAUAAUGCAAUAUAAUAAAUCAUGCCUUAAAGUAAAAUAAAUAUAUAUAUAUAACUUUUUGAUGAUUUACAAUAGCAUUAGCAGUGCAAGCAUAAAUUAAGAGCUAGACUGUUUUCAAUUUCACACUAAUCACAACAAAUACAAAUACCUAUUUUGAAAGAAAAUGGAAAAUAUAAAAUACAGAGAAGUCCUGGGUCAUAUUAGUAUGUUUUCCUCUAAGGAAGUGUUUUUAAGACACUGGGCCAUUCAUGUUUAUUAUUUCUUAAAUAUUUUAAUAAAAUGUUUAUUGGAUGCUGCUAAGCUCUUUAGUUCAAAUAACCAAUUCUUCAUAGCCCAGUCCUUCACAGAUAUUCAGGUAUCUUGGGAUGGGUGAGAGAUAGACUUAUAUAACCCUGAAGGAUAUGAGAAAAUUUUAAUACUGAGAAGUGGCAUAACCUGAAAUUAAGGAAUAAGCCAUCAGUUCUGCAAUGCAGUUCUUCACAUAUACAUGCUUUAUUUUAGUCAUGUGACUCCUUCAAUUUACCUAAAUCGGGUUUCAGCAAAAACGUAGAAUUAUACACAUACAUAAAAAUUUGCAAGCUUGAGGCCUUAAACUGUACAUGGUAUCCAUAUACUAUACAUUAAUAUGAGGGUAAAUGUUCAAACAAACCUUUAAGAAAAUGGUAACAAAGGCUAACCUUGCUCCUCAUGACCUGGCAAAUACUCCUGCAGGCCAGGAAGUAUAGUGGUACGGAGCCCAGUGACAAUU